AUGGCUAAACUUUUCAAAUAUGCCAGCAUCCCAGACCGAGAUGUGACAGUAACAAUCAAGUCAAACCCGGCUGGACGGCAAGAUGAAGAGUGUUAUCUCCAAGAUCUGUUGAUCAAAGCAAGCCGUGUCUUGAACGCGAGGUUCAUUGUAGCCAUCGAAAAUGAACAUUACAUCUUCCAUACAGCUCGUGUAACAGACACUUCGGUACUGGAGAUAGAGGACGCAGUCUCUAUUCUUAAUGAGUUCGUGCGAUCAGGAAGCGGUACUUCCAUCUCGAUUUUUUGCAAACCUGAGGAUGACCUUUCGUCUCUUCCCGACAAAACAUCGAUUCACAGCUGUUUGGUCACUUUAUCCCAUGCGUCUGGACCUUUCUUCAACUCUUUGUCGCUGCCCAUUGCGGAUCUGGAGCUGCUGAAUGGCCCUUCAGAUGCACUAGGGAAACAACGCAAGUCCGCUUCAGUCAGAAAGACCGUUCAUUCUUUAAAAAAUGCUUGGAAAGACCGUAAAGCAGUUCGGGUUUCGUUUUGGAUAGCAAUCGGCGUAUUUUUCUUAGUCGCCAUUGCUAUAGGUCACAAAGCCUUAUCUCAACCCUUUCACCAACAUUUCGAAAACGGAAUCUGGGUUCGUUACGACCUUGGAGGUAGCAAAGGGCCUAAAUACCAGCUGCAAUUUACGCAUCACAAUGCUUCCGCCUGGGCAGCCAAAAACCCCCAUGAUAAUGGUGAAUGGGCAUUCCGAAUCGACGAUCAGGCGAUGAUACCAGCUCAUCUCAUGGACGAAGAAGAAGAGCUUUAUCAACGCUGGUUCCGAAAGCGCUAUCCUGAAAAAGACCGAAUCCGUCUCAAUCAGGAUUACAUCAAGGACUCCUUCCUCGGCGAUCCUGAUCAGAUCCAGGUUCCUUCUGAUAAGCAGUUUCAUAUGGCACACUGCGUCAGGGCUUUGAGAAGAUACUGGCAGGCAAAGGAGACUGGAAGGCAUGUCUGCCCGAGAGACAUUGACUACAGACAUAUGAAGCACUGUCUAGACUCCAUGGAUGAGUGGGCUUUUCCAGACGGAGAAAGGGGUUCGAUCAAGCCUGUCGUUGAUUCAGGAACGUGGAAGUUGAUUUGGGAGACCAAAGUCUGCUUUUGA